AUAAGGAUUAAAUGACACACUUUAAGACUGACUAAAUGACAUCCCACUUUGUCUUCAAGUCUUCAAGUAGCUUGAGACUGACUUGAAGUUCUCUGAUGUCUUUAGAAAGUUCUCUGAUGUCUUCACUUCUUUUAAAUGCAGAUUUCCCUGGUGUUGUCCGCGUGAUUCCUAAUAAAAUUCUUAGUCUUCACACAACAAGAAGUUGGGAUUUUUUGCGCCUAAAGCAAGAUAUAGUAACUGGUGUUCUUUCUAGGUCUCAAUCUGGAAGAAGCACCAUCAUUGGCAUCAUAGACAGUGGUAUUUGGCCCGAGUCUGAUAGCUUUAGAGAUGAUCACAUGGAUAAUCCUCCUCCUCGUUUGCGUGGUAUAUGUCAAGUAGGAGAAAGUUUUGAUGCCUCUCACUGUAAUAGGUUGAUUCAAAAUUUAUUUCUAGUUUAGUAUCCUUCUGUCAUAUCAGUAAGAAGUAAAAAAUAAGCCAGGCCAAAUGGAGUCUUAAUCCGGUUAUAGUAGAUGCAAACUCUUAAGCAUUACCCUUCCAUACAAUUGCAGGAAAAUCAUCGGUGCACGUUGGUAUAAUAAAGGAUACGAAGCUGAAUUUGGU